AUGGAGAUCAUAUGGCAUGGUGUAAUUACACCCACACUGCCCCUCCUACACUGCCCCUCCCAAACUUCCCCCCCCACACUUCCCCCUCCCACACUUCCCACAAUUUCCCCCUCCCACACUUCCCCUCCCACACUGCCCCCCAACACUGCCCUACCACACUGCCCCCCUCCCACACUUCCCCCACACACUGCCCCCCCACACUGCCCCCCUCCCACACUUCCCCCCCACACCUCCCCUCCCACACUUCCCCCCCAUACCCCCCCUCCCACCCCUCCCCUCCCACACCCACCCCCACACUUCCCCUCCCACACCCCCCCUCCCACACUUCCCCCCCACACCCCCCCUCCCACACCUCCCCUCCCACACCGCCCCUCCCACACCUCCCCUCCCACACUUCCCCCCCACACUUCCCCUCCCACACUUCCCUCCCACACCUCCCCUCCCACACUUUCCCCCCCACACUUCCCCUCCCACACUUCCCUCCCACACCUCCCCUCCCACACUUCCCCUCCCACACCCCCCCUCCCACACUUCCCCCCCCACACUUCCCCUCCCACACUUCCCUCCCACACCUCCCCUCCCACACUUCCCCUCCCACACUUCCCCCCCCACACUUUCCCUCCCACACGUCCCCUCCCACACUUCCUACCCCACACUUCCCCUCCCACACCUCCCGUCCCACACUUCCCCCCCACACCUCCCCUCCCACACUUCCCCUCCCACACUUACCCCCCCACACUUCCCAUCCCACACCUCCCCUCCCACACCUCCCCUCCCACACUUCCCCUCCCACACCUCCCCUCCCACACUUCCCACCCCACACCUCCCGUCCCACACUUCCCCCCCACACCUCCCCUCCCACACCUCCCCUCCCACACCUCCCCUCCCACACUUCCCCUCCCACACUUACCCCCCCACACUUCCCAUCCCACACCUCCCCUCCCACACCUCCCCUCCCACACUUCCCCUCCCACACCUCCCCUCCCACACUUCCCCUCCCACACCUCCCCUCCCACACUUCCCACCCCACACCUCCCCUCCCACACUUCCCCCCCCACCCCCCCGCCACACUCUCCCUCCCACACCUCCCCUCCCACACUGCCCCCCUCCCACACUGCCCCCCCUCCCACACUUCCCCCCCACACUUCCCCCAGAUACUGCUCCCCUCCACCGCCCCCCCACACCACCCCCCCUAUACACAGCUACAACAGCACUUUUGUCCUGAACUCUGAGUUUGAAUCAGCUGUUUUUAAUGGACAGCGACACGACCCUCCGACUCACCCUGGAGGACCGAACUCUUCCCCGGGCACAGUGCUGUUAGGAGCGGCGCCGGGCUGGAAGAAGAAGGGACUCAGAGUGUCGGAGCUCGGCUAUAGCCUUUUUGUCUGGGACUGGGACUGCACCGGGACAGACAGACAGACGUUCCGCCAUGAGACAUUAGCGGCUACCGCCUGA